AUGAGCGAUAUUACGAUACGUGAUGGCACGAAAGAAGAAUGGAUUUAUGCAGUGGAUGAAAUGUACAAACAGCACCGCUAUUUUGCAUCCUAUGAUGAUUUUGAAGUCUUGAAGAAAGCUUGCGGAAGUGAAUAUCAGUUUCUGGUUGCCAGAACUGAUAAAGACGAAUUUGUUGGCUGCAUUUCCUUGGCAGCUUGCUCGGGCGAGUAUGCAGUUCUGGACAAUUACUUUGUGAUGCCCCAGUUCAGAGGUGGAGGACGAGGUCGAGCUCUAUUUGAAGCAGUAUGUACUCAGCUGGCUCGUGAAAAAUACAACCUGGCGCUACAUUCCGAGCCUUCAUUAUCCGAUUAUUAUGCAAAACACGGAUUUACAACAAAGCUGGAUUAUAAGAUACAUGUGCUUAAUCUAUCUAAUUUGAAGAGAAUUGAUCUAAGCGACGAGCAUCAUCUGAGCAUACUGGAAAAACCAACGGAAAUAGAGCGCAAUGAUUUUUAUGACUAUGACAGUAAGGUGUGGCGGCAUCCUCGGAGAGCAUUUCUGUCAGCGUGGUUGCAGCGAGGAGAUGCUCGAGUUCUGGUAAGCCGACUGAGUGACAGUUGUUGGAACGCUUGUGGACAUUCAAAAAUUUUGUGGGGUGAGGUAAAGGGAGAAUUUUUAUGA